AUGUGCACAAGUCACCGUGAUUAUGAGAACGAGGGAUUGUUGAGAGGCAAGAGCACUUCUAUAGCCGAUCAGGGCAGCGAUGUGAUCGACGCGCUACCAGCGGCGCUCUGGCACCGCAUCUUCAGCCUGCUGCUCGAGCGCCGAUGCAUCGCCACCCCUCCGCACUCCGCGGGCGGCCGCUACUACUGCCGCGCGCUAAGCGCAACGCAGCGAGCAGAGUUGAAUGCCACCAAGGCGAAUGCCAAUGGUGGUGAUCGUGGCGCUGCGAAUCGUGCUGGCACCAACGACCCACGGAACGCUGAGAGUUGCGCCAGCAGCAGCACGGGCAAGAGCAGUAACGGCAAGUGCGAGGACGAAGGCAAGGGCAGUGCAGGGGAGAGCGACGAGGAGGAGGAGGAGGCGAAGGAGAGCGUGGUGUUCGUGAAGGCCGGGGUGUCGCCGUGCUGGCUGCAUGCGCACAACGCUCGCACGUUCGGGUCCUCGUGGCCUCUGCUGUGCUGCGCGCUCGCCAGCAAGAGGCUGCUCCACCUCGUCGCCUCCUUCUCCGAACACGGCACGCCUAUCAGUCUGCACCUCACCUCCGCCCAGCCCCAGUGGACCACCAGCGUGCGCUGGCUGCUCUCCCGCUCCUCUCCCACCUUCCCUUCCCUCCGCCUCUCCUUCUCCCACCCCUCCCUCAUCCCCCUCAUCCGCCGCCCCUUCACUCUCCCCUCCUCCCCCGCCCCCUCCUCCAUCUCAUCCCUGCACCUAACUCUGAGCAUCAGAGAAUCCUUCCCAAAGGAGGAUUACCGUAAGAGCCACUGGUAUCUGGCAUUUCUCACUCCCUGCUCCUCCCUGCACUCCCUCACACUCGGACGCGGCGCCUGGCGCUUAGCCCUGGCCGCCAUUGCACCUCAGCUGCACGAAUUCACGUUCUGCGAGCCGCAUAAGGUGGAGGAGGGGGCGGGGCGGGGAGCUUUCACAGGACCCGUGCUGCUGUGCCUCGAGUUCCCCAGGGCUCGCCACCUCUCCUUCCGCUUCCUUAACCACGAGCUCAAGCUGAAACUCUCCCUUGCUUCUGAUUCUCUCACCUCCUUCGCAGCCUCUGCUCUGUCCCUCACACUCGCCUGCCACUCUGCCCGCCCUCUAACGUUGACCCAGCUUUUUCUGUUUGGGGAAGAGAGGAUCCAUAUUGCCUCCUUUGACAUUGCCUCUGUCCGUGCGCUUUACCUCAACGCUCCGGUUAAUUUUCUGUCGCCGCGCCCUGCCCCCAUCCCUGCCGCUGUUCGAGAAGCGGAGGUGUGCGGGGAUUCGUUUCUGUAUAUCCCGCCGCCGUUGCCAUUCGCAUGGGCGGACUGGCUGCGUGCACUUGCGCCUACAGUGGAGCUGCUUAUAGCGAGGCAUGACAUCAAGCUUGCGGACUGCAAAUUCCCCUGGCCGCGGUUGCGGAGCCUUGGGAUUGUCGUGGAGAGCGAUUACUUUGCGUGGAACGAACCUCGCGGGGAGAUGGCGGUGGAAGAUGUGGCGAAAGCAGAUGGGAACGAGUAUGUACAGUUUUCGAGGGACCAGCGGAGUGAUCGGAGGGAGGAGGGGAGGGAGAGGGAGCACGAUAUGUGGAGUCGAGGGUUGACUCGCUUCCAUGCCAGCCCAUUUGGGAACCAGCUGGUUGGUGUUGGACCCGACGACUAUGAUGGUGUUGAUGCUGGUGGAGACCUGAAUGAUACGGUGCAUGAGGCACCUGCACACAGGCCUCAUUCCCCCUCUCUGUGCAUUCCUCCAAGCAUCAACGCUCCGAAUCUGCGAGCCAUCUUCUUCCCGACCCUCGGCGACACACCCACAGCCCUGCUGGGAGAUCUCAAGGCGAGGUAUCCGUCUCUGGCGCUGUACUGUGUUGCGAGGCACACGUGGUACUGGGAGAGGAAAGGGAUGAGGUUGAUUGAUGGGCCGGUGGCGCAUGUGAGGGGGCCGAGAGGAGGGAAGGGUAGCGCUUCUUUCAGGAAUGGGCGGAAGAGCGUUCGGGACAAAAUGCACAGUGUGAAUCUGGGGCUGAUGGCAGGGUAUAGGUUGGAUGAGGAGGAGUGGUUCAUGGUUGAGGACCAUGGCAGCGAUGUGAUCGACGCGCUCCCAGCGAGACUCUGGCACCACAUAUUCCGCCUGUUGCUGGAGCGCCCCUGCAGCGCCACCCCUCCACACUCCGCGGGCGGCCGCUACUACUGCCGCGCGCGCAGCACGGCGCAGCGAGCAGAGGAGAAUCGCAGUGGCACCGGCGGUGGCGGCGCUGGUGGUGCUAUCAGCAAUGUCCCACGGGCCGCUGAGAAUGGUGCGGCUAGAGUGGCACCAGUGCCCGUGUUCGUGAAUCCCGGGGUGUCGCCGUGCUGGCUGCAUGCGCACAACGCUCGCACGUAUGGCUCCUCGUGGCCUCUGCUGUGCUGCGCGCUCGCCAGCAAGAGACUUCUCCACCUCGUCGCCUCCUUCUCCGUGAGUGCUCCACUCGCACACGGCACGCCCAUCAGUCUGCACCUCACAGCCGCCCAGCCCCAGUGGACCACCAGCGUGCGCUGGCUGCUCUCCUGCUCUCCCGCACCCCCAUCCCUCCACCUCUCCUUCUCCCACCCCUCCCUCAUUCCCCUCAUCCGCCGCUCCUUCACUCUCCCCUCCUCUCCGGCCGCCUCCUCCCUCUCAUCCCUGCAACUAAGCUUGGGUGUCAGAGAGAAAUUCACAGAGGAGGAUUACCGCCAGGGGGAUUGGAAUCUAGCCUUUCUCAAGACCUGCUCCUCUCUGCGUUCCCUGACACUCGGACGUGGCGUUUGGCGCUUAGGUAGAAGCUGCCUCACCGCACCCUGGAUGCAGUCGCUUCGGAGUUUGACUCUCAAGAAUGUGGACCCCAGGGGAAUAUCUCUUAAAGCCCUGGCUGCCGUUUCCCCUCAGCUGCACGAGUUUUCGUUCUGCGAGCCGUGGAAGCUGGAGGAGGAGGGAGGGGAGGACUGCAAGGGACCGGUGCUGCUGGCGCUCGAGUUCCCCAGGGCUCGCCGCCUCUCCUUCCGCUUCCUCACCCACGAGCUCAAGCUGAAACUCGCCCUUUCUCAUGACUCCCUCACCUCCUUCUCCGCCUGUGCCCAGUCCCUCACUCUCGCCUGCAGCUCUGCCCGCCCUCUCACGUUGACCCAGCUUUUGCUGUUUGGGGAAGAGUGGAUUCAUAUUUCUUCCUUCAAUGUUGCCUCUGUCCGUGCGCUGUACCUCAAUGGUCCGAUUAAUCUGCUGCCGCCACGCCCCCACCGCAUCCCAGCUGACGUUCGGAAAGCCAUGGAGAUCUGUGGAGACUCGUUUGUGUAUCUUCCGCCACCGCAGCCGUUUGCAUGGGCGGACUGGCUGAGUACACUUGCGCCAGCAGUGGAGCUGCUUAUAGUGAGGCAUGACAUCGACCUCGAGGCCUGCAGGUUCCCGUGGCCGCGGCUGCGGAGCCUCGGGAUUGUCGUGGCGAGCGAUUAUGAUGUGAUGAACCCGGUGCGAGGGGAGAUGGCGGUGGAAGAUGUGGAGAGAGCAGAUGGGAAUGAGAUCAUCGAGUGGACGAGAAAGCAGAGGAGGAAGGAGAAGGCGGAGGCGAGGGAGACGGAGCACAGGAUGAGGAAUCAAGGGCUCACUCGGUUUCAUGCAGGCCCGUUUGGCAACCAGCUUGGGGUUGACGAUGUUGAUGAUGAUGAUGACGAUGUUUAUGGUCCACUGGAGCGAGAGACGCCUUCACGCAGAUCUGCUCCCACUCGACUGUACAUCCCUCCGAAAAUCCAUGCUCCAAAUCUGCGGGCCAUCUUCUUUCCAACCCGCCGCAACACACCCCGAGCCUUGCUAGCAGACCUGAGGGCGAGGCAUCCCUCUCUGGCGCUGUACUGUGUUGCAAGGCACACGUGGUACUGGGAGAGGAAAGGGACGAGGGUAGAGGGUGGGCCGGUGUCGCAUGUGAGGGGGCCGAGAGGAGGGAAGAGCAGUGCGUCGUUUAGGAAUGGGAGGAAGAGCGUGCGGGACAAGAUGCACAGUGUGAAUCGCGGGCUGAUGGAGGGGUACACACUGGAUGAUGAGGAGUGGUUCAUGGUGGAAAGACGGAACUGGAAGCAUGUGGUUGGUGAAGAGGAGAGGGUGAGUGAUCGAAAUGGUAGUGAUGGUGAUGAGUUUGAUGACGAGUACAAUGAGGAUUAG